AUGACGCAGAAAGGAGUUCAGCUGGACAGGGAAACCUUCUCUUGUUCCAUCUGUCUGGAUCUCCUGAAGGAUCCGGUGACUACUCCCUGUGGACACAGCUACUGCAUGAACUGUAUUAAAACCCACUGGGAUGAAGAGGAGGAGAAGAGAAUCCACAGCUGUCCUCAGUGUAGGCAGACCUUCACACCGAGGCCUGUCCUGGGGAAAAACACCAUGUUAGCAGUUUUAGUGGAGGAACUGAAGAAGACUGGACUCCAAGCUGCUCCUGCUGAUCACUGCUAUGCUGGACCUUUAAGGGUGCUUCAGCAGGAGGUGGAGACUGUCAAUCACACUGCUGAUAAACUACAGGAUGCUCUGAGUGAAAAAUGGACAAACAUCUCACUGACUGUGACUGAAGUGGAUGUUUUACUGCCACAACCAGAGCCCAAGACCAGAGCUGAGUUCUUAAAAUAUUCACGUGAAAUCACACUGGAUCCAAACACAGCGCAAAGAAAGCUGUUAUUGUCUGAGGGGAACAGAAAGGCAACAAUAAUGAUUAACCGACAGUCUUAUUCUCGUCACCCAGACAGAUUUACUGAAUGCUGUCAGGUCCUGAGUAAAGAGAGUCUGACUGGACGUUGCUACUGGGAGGUGGAGUGGAGAGGAGGAGGAGUUUAUGUAGCAGUCGCAUACAAGACUAUUAACAGAGAUGGGUGGUCGAAUGAAUGUGAAUUUGGACUCAAUGACAAAUCUUGGGCGUUAGAUUUUGACAAAAAAAGUUGUAACUUUUUGUACAAAAACAUCAAAACUUCCGUCUCAGGUCCGCAGUCCUCCAGAGUAGGAGUGUACCUGGAUCACACUGCAGGUAUUCUGUCCUUCUAUAGUGUCUCUGAAACCAUGACUCUCCUCCACAGAGUCCAGACCACAUUCACUCAGCCUCUCUAUGCUGGACUUCGGCUCCGUUACUAUUCUUGUGGAAACACUGCUGAGUUCUAUCCGUUGAAAUAGUCAGAAGUCAUCUAAGGGACAGAGGGUUAAAUUCUGUUUUAAUCCUUAAACUUGUUUUGUCUU